AUGGCGCGGGAGGAGGAAGGACCCGCAAUGAUGGACGCCGCGGGGCGACGCCUCCGCGUGGUCUCCGCGCACCUAGAGCCGCAGGCCGGCGCCACCGCGAGCCUCGCCGCUAACCCCACCGCCGGCGAGUACGCCCACGUGCAGGGCUACAGCGUUGUUCUGCCUGAAAAGUUGCAAACUGGAAAGUGGAAUGUGUACCGAUCUGCAGAGUCACCUCUGCGUUUAAUUAACAGAUUUCCUGCUACUCCAGACAUUGGAACACUGCAUGAUAAUUUUGUGUAUGCAGUUGAGACUUUUACAGAUUGUAGAUAUCUGGGUACAAGAGUGUGCGCUGAUGGAGCAGUUGGAGAUUACAAAUGGAUGACGUAUGGAGAAGCUAGUACAAGCAGGUCUGCAAUAGGUUCUGGUCUUAUUUAUCAUGGAACAUCUGAAGGUGCACGCAUUGGUCUGUAUUUUAUAAACAGACCUGAGUGGAUCAUAGUUGAUCAUGCUUGUGCUGCAUAUUCAUAUGUAUCUGUGCCACUUUAUGAUACUCUUGGUCCAGAUGCAGUUCAGUUCAUUGUGAACCAUGCAACAGUAGAAGCUAUUUUCUGUGUGCCUCAAACGCUAAGCACUCUGCUAAGCUUCCUAACUCAAAUGCCAUGUGUUCGUCUUAUAGUGGUAGUUGGUGGAGACAAUGCAAAUAUGCCAUCUGCAACAGCAGCUGCUGGAGUGGAAAUCAUAACUUACUCCAGGUUACACAGCCAGGGAAAGAUGAGUUCUCAAACUUACCGUCCUCCAAAACCUGAAGAUGUUGCCACUAUCUGCUACACGAGUGGCACUACUGGCACACCAAAGGGAGCUGUUCUUUCUCAUGAGAACUUAAUAGCGAAUGUUGCAGGAUCAAGCUUGGGCGUUAAGUUUUACCCCUCCGACGUGUAUAUCUCAUAUCUACCUUUAGCUCACAUCUAUGAGAGAGCUAACCAAAUUGCACUGCUUCACUAUGGUGUUGCCAUUGGAUUUUACCAAGGGGAUAAUUUGAAGCUGAUGGAUGAUUUGGCUGCUUUGAGACCAACCGUAUUCGCAAGUGUUCCCCGGCUAUAUAACAGAAUUUAUUCUGCAAUCACAAAUGCUGUGAAGGAUUCCGGUGGGCUAAAAGAAAGAUUAUUCCGUACUGCGUACAACGCCAAGAGACAAGCACUUAUGAAUGGACGAAAUCCUUCCCCAAUGUGGGAUAAGUUGGUAUUUAAUAAAAUAAAAGCUAGGCUUGGUGGACGAGUGAGGCUUAUGACUUCAGGCGCUUCUCCAUUGUCAGCAGAUGUAAUGGAAUUCCUAAGAAUAUGCUUUGGUGGUGAGGUUCUUGAAGGCUAUGGAAUGACAGAGACAUCUUGUGUCAUCACUACAAUGGAUAUUGGUGACAAAUUAAUUGGUCAUGUUGGAUCACCAAACCCUUCCUGUGAGGUUAAACUUGUGGAUGUCCCAGAAAUGAAUUACACUUCUGAGGAUCAACCAUAUCCUCGUGGAGAAAUCUGUGUUAGAGGACCUACAAUAUUCCGCGGUUACUAUAAAGACGAAGUCCAAACAAGAGAUGUCAUUGACAAUGAUGGCUGGUUGCACACUGGAGACAUAGGUUUGUGGCUGCCUGGAGGGCGUCUAAAAAUUAUAGAUAGGAAAAAGAACAUUUUCAAGUUGGCUCAAGGAGAGUACAUAGCUCCAGAGAAGAUUGAGAAUGUGUACGCUAAGUGCAAGUUCAUUGCUCAAUGCUUUAUAUAUGGUGAUAGUUUCAACUCUUUUCUAGUUGCCAUUGUAGCAGUUGAACCAGAUGUUUUGAAGGCUUGGGCUGCAUCAGAAGGAAUACAAAGCGAGGAUUUAAGACAGCUUUGUGCUGACCCAAGAGCAAAAGCUGCUGUCUUGGCUGACAUGGAUUCUAUUGGAAAGGAAGCACAGCUAAGAGGUUUUGAAUUCGCCAAAGCUGUUACUCUUGUUGCUGAACCAUUCACAGUAGAAAAUGGUCUCCUCACCCCCACGUUCAAGUCAAAAGACCGCAAGCUAAGGCCUAUUUCGCGAAAGAACUCGCAGAUAUGUAUGCACAGCUGCGUGACGCCGAAUCAGCUAGGCAGAAGUUGUAAUUAA